UUCGUAUUAAAACGUGAUAGUCGCAUAGCGUGCACGUAAUCUACACCGCCAAACGUUUACAUAACAAACUUCGGCCGCAUGGUACUUAUCAUGACUAUUCGACCGUGACAAUACUACAGCACUAGAGCAUUUUAUAGCAGUCAACAUGAAGAUUGUCGAAAAAUCAGGGAGUUUUUUCCGGCUAUUUUUUAUUGCGUGUUUGAUUUGUGGUGGGUGGGCAGAGGUGUGCACUAAACAAGUAUGUGAGUACGAGUUCAUGGUACGAGAAACGCGUAGUAUGAUGUAUAGACCCGACAUAGAUCAUGCUUAUUUGGUCAAAGUUCAUCAAGAUGGGGCUCUCAGACUUCAAGAAACUCCUGACGGUUUUCACAGGUCAGUCCCUAACAUCAGUGUCCCUCUAGAUAAAGUCCAUACCGUAGAUGGAUACAACAGGACUAUCAUUACUAUCAAUGACCAGUUUCCAGGUCCUACUAUAGAAGUGAUGGAAGGAGCUGAGGUCGUAGUGACGGUAGUGAACGAGUUACUAAAAGAAGGGCUGUCUAUACACUGGCAUGGAAUUCACAUGAGACAGAAUCCCUGGAUGGAUGGCGUUCCCUUCGUUUCUCAGUGUCCUGUCCAGACAAUGCAAAGUUUCCAAUACAGGUUCAUAGCCGAUCCACCUGGCACCCACUGGUACCAUUCACACUUCGAGAUGCAGAAAGCUGAUGGACUGUUUGGCGCUCUCAUUAUACACCGAUCCAUUCCUAGUGUACCAUAUUUCGUCAUGAUGUUUUCUGAUUGGUUCCUGAAGCACUCUACGGAGAUAGAAAUUUCUAGUCCGUUGAGAAUAACACGAAAAGGAUAUGGCGACAUGUUCUAUGCUGAUCAGAAGAGAAGUUACAUGUUCGAUGGGACACUAGAAGGACCAAUCCACUACUGGUCAGGGUUGGUUAAUGGAAAGGGCCGCCACGGUAACAAGGCUCCUUUAAGCAUUUUUACAGUCAAGCCGGGCAAGAAAUACGUCAUUCACAUGAUCAAUACUGGACUCGCCUACCCAUACAGGUUCUUUAUACAUCAACACCAGCUAACGGUAGUAGAGAGCGACGGUCACCGCGUCAAACCCGUACAAAUCGACUCAGGCAUCGUUUUCCCGGGCGAGUCCUACAAUUUCGAAUUCACAGCCAAUCAGAAUCCUGGCCGUUACUGGAUAAAAGGUGUGAAUAUGAGGACUACAACGGUACUAGGUUCAGCUCCUGAUGGAGAGGUCUGGGAUGCGCUUGCUAUCUUACAGUACGAGGGAGCGGAAAGCAACGAUGAUCCAACGACCGAGGAACGAAAUUGUACGGCAGAUAAUCCGUGUAGGGUACUGAACUGUCCGUGGGACAUCUACAGUAAGCUGUGGUACCCUAAUCGUAUUUGUAUUCCUGUAUCAAAUCUCUCCCUCGACACCUCUUUCUACGAACCGGAAAAAAUACCCAAUACAAAAGAUGACGACGUUCACGAGGUUUUCCUCAACUUUGGCUUCCCGAUGGGCUCCGCGGUAAAUAACAGACGAAUGAUCACCCCACGUGCUCCGCUCUUCCAAAGUCCAUCCACGUGGGGUCUCACGAAUUGUGCACGUGAGUGCGACGAGAAAGUAUGCUGGUGUUCCCACGUGGUAGAACUGCCACCAAAGAAAACCAUUCAAGUUGUUCUUAUGGCAUACAAAGGCGCCAAACUGGGUCACCCGGUACAUAUACAUGGACAUAGCUUCCAGAUUCUCAAGAUAGGUUACCCAGUCCAGAACCAAACUUCAGGCGAAAUACUACGCGACAAUCCUGACAUCGUCUGCGAAAAUGAAUUUUGCACUAAACGUCACUGGUCAGCGGGGCACCCAAAAGACUUGAACUUUGACAACCCUCCUCUGAAAGAUACCGUUAUGGUUCCAUCGUAUGGAUACGUGGUGGUGAGGUUCGUCAGUGAUAACCCAGGUUACUGGUUUGUCCAUUGUCACGUGGGCAAUCACCAAGCCGAAGGCAUGGCCUUAAUGUUCAACGAAUCGUUUGUACAUCAACCACCAGCUCCAACCGGAUUUCCUACCUGUCAAAAAUUUGACUUGGACCAAACUAGUUUUCGUUCAAUGUUGGAGAAAAACAAGAAGUGUUUGGACGACGAGUGUUCGCGUGUACAAGCGUUUGAAGACCCUGAUAAGAAAGACAAACAAGCAUGUCAGGACACGUGGAUUUACAUCCUAAUCACGUGCUGUGCUGUUGUCUGCGCUGUGCUGGCACUAGUCGUCAACGUCAUCUUAUGGUACUGUCUGACACGUCGGACACCAACAAAGACAUCCAACGGAAAUAUCUUUCAUCUUAAUACAGAAGCGAUGUAGCCAAUCACAGAAUAAUCCCCUUGAUUGAUUUAUUUUAAUUGAUUUAUUUUAAUGCAUAAUUUGAUCUAAAUCCAAAUGUAUGAGUUUUAUGACAUCUUCAGCAGCCAAAACACUAUUACCACCAUUUGCAUUGUUACGCGGCCACCCCAGACAAAAACUUUGCAAUAGACUGCCGUCAAUCAAACACGUUGACGUCAUUUACACGUGUUUGGAUCGGCCCGGUAGGCCCGGCGAGUGUGGCUCAUAAUACUUGUAAACAAUCGACAAGUUUUGGCGCCUCUUGAAUCACACACGCGUGUAAAUGAUGUCAACGUGUUUGAUUGACGGCAGUCUAUUGCUAAAUGCACGUCGCGAUUUUUUGUCUGGGGUGGCCGAGUAGCAAUACAAAUGGCGGUAAUGUAUAAUCAGAAUUUUCCACUGUAACUAUUUGAGCUAUAUACACCUAUUUAUAUUUCGGAGAUCUCAGAUGCAUGGGCGAUCUGAGACUAUACGGAAUUUUUGUGCUUUUAUGAUUUCUGGCUAAAAUACGAAAAAUCCCAUUCCUAACUCAAAAAUCAUGCAUCGUAUUCCAAUCUUAAAGAAAAAUAAAUUGUUCCGCUGUGUUCAUAUCAUUACAAUUUGCAGCGUAUUACUCGGUCUCGGAGUUCAGAUACGAGAUCUCCGCCGGACCGACAACUUCUUAAAAAAUAUACAUUUGCUUUUGACAUUUUGAAAUAAAAUGAACACACAAAC